AAUGAGUUCCUGGUCCGUGUCAUUUCAGCACUUUGCUAUGCUUGCUUACACAAAAAGCCACCCUUUCAUACUUCUCUCUCUUUCACAAAACUUAGAAGUUUCUCACUCUCUUCUCCUCCUUCCAAGGUCUCAUCACCUUCACCGUACAAUAUCUACCACCACCACUAUUCCACUAUCACCACCGCACAUCUUCAAAAUCCCAUGGUUUUUAGCACUACAAGUUAAUCAAUGGGGAAGGCUUCAAAGUGGUUUCGCGGUCUUCUCGGUAUGAGAACACCAGACUCAUCAUCACCAUCUCCAAAUAAACCACCCAAAGAGAAACGCCGAUGGAGCCUCGUCAAGUCCUACAGAGAAAAAGACAACCACCCCGUAACAGCACCCGUCCAAGGCGGCAACAAACACGUCUUAGCUGAGCUGGCUCUCGCAACCGCCACCGCUUCCAUGGCAGAAGCCACCAGACUCACCGGAACCGCCGCUUCCGGAGUCACUCCUCGCGAAGAGUGGGCAGCCGUUAAGAUUCAAGCCGCGUUUCGAGGCUGUUUGGCAAGGAAGGCACUGCGAGCGUUGAAAGGAUUGGUGAAGCUACAGGCAUUGGUGAGAGGUCACAUUGAGAGGAAGCGCACGAAAGAGUGGGUGCAAAGAGUGCAAGCACUCUUACGUGCACAGACCCGAGCCCGCACUGCUCGGGGCCAAAUUCUAGAUCAGGCCUCGUUUCAUAUAGCAAAGUCAUUCACAGGCCCCCUCCAUGGUCCAGUAACACCUGAGAAAUUUGAAAGCCCGAUCAGUUCCGAGAGUGUGAAAUACAGUCAGUCACCUGCACUCAAGAGAAACAUCUCCAAAUCAUGUGGCCGAAUCAAUGGCAAUCAAGAGAAAUGCGGCGGGACUAGAUCAGAUAAUCGGGUAGAUGAACAAUCAUGGACUCACCGUAAGUCAUGGAUGAGAACUUGUAGCAUGGAUGAUGAAACAAGUUUCAGGAUUCUUGACAUAGAUUCCGGAAAACCGCACAUCAGAUCUAAACGGAGAAACCUCUUCUAUUCCGCCAGCCAAGCUUUGCUUCCCGAUCAUUACAGUCAGAACUUGACCACCACAACAAAGGACUCAACAUCUUCUUGUGAAGUUGGUUCUCGCAGCAGCCCCCUGAAAAUGAAUGAGGUUGAAGAGAACUCAUUAUCCGUGGCCUCUUCGUACCAAGACGGUAGCUUGAAAAAAAGUCCUUUAAUUACUCCUACCAAGAGUGAUGGCUCAAGAAGUAAUCUAAGUGGCUAUACUGCUGAUUCCUAUCCAAGUUACAUGGCUUACACUGAGUCUUCAAAGGCUAAGUUAAGAUCUCUUAGUGCUCCAAAACAAAGAGCACCGCGAUAUGAGAGGUCUAGUUCAUCUAAAUUGGCCACACAAAGGAUAGCUGCAUUGCGCGCAAGCUUCACUAGCAAAGACUAUCCUGGUUCUGGUCGUUUAGACAAGCUUGGUUUGCCUGUUGGUUAUAGUUUCUGACAAAUUAAGCUUCACUAGCAAAGCAUGUCUCUGAUCUUGCUAACCUGUUGUUGUAUUUAUCUUCAUACCUUAAUUUCCAAGUUGAAUUUUCCUUAGUGGUAGCUUUAGAAUUUUAUGAGCAGUGCAUAGUGAAUACCACUUCCAAAUGUUAAAAAUUAUGAUUUGACCUGAGAUUUGUAUGUGAAGUAUCUUUUGCCUGAAGCCUAUUUGGAAAUACUUUUUCUUUGAA